AUGCCCAAGUAUUACAUCGCCGUCCAGGUCAAAAAAGAGUUUGCCGACCGCCACGCCGGGGACCCCAACUACAUCCGGCACCUCAUGCAGGACAUCUGGUGGCACGGCCAUCACGCCAUGAAGGGCAUCGAGGACAAGGGCAACGGCCUGUGGUGGAUCGCCUACGACGACCUGGAGACGGCGCGCCGCGACUUUGACACCAAGUCGCGCUACACGUCGCGCACGAGAUUCGUGCACGACUUUGAGCAUGCCGAGAUUGUCAACGAGUCCGGCGCGGUCGUGGAGGCGCUCCAGCUGCCCGUGUAG